CCCCGCGGUUUGCGUCCACGUGAACAACAUUUCAGCAAUGUGAUUCAUAAAAUUAUUAGAUAAAAAUCCUAUAAAAUCCGUGUGGUGUAUGCCAAAAAAAUUCAAUUAAGCUCAUUUGUAAAAUUAAACAACUCAAACGUCGUUUGUCUUCAGUAAACGGGAUAAUUUAAAUAUUGUAUGCGUUGGCGUUGCAGACGCGGCGCUCAACAUGUGAGGUUAAAACAGAAGACAAACAGACAGGACAGCAACAAACAACAAGCCAAUUAAACAGUGACUAAAGUAAUAAACAUUGCAAUUAAAGUGUUGUGCAGCAUACCCCUAAGUUCUCUAACAGUUCUGCACGCACAACUUGAAUUAUUAUUAUGGACUCACGUAUGCUGAAUGUGUUUCACGAGGAUCCCUUUGAGGGGAACUUUGUCAAAUAUGAUCCAGAGCCCAAUUUCUGGUCAGCCAAUGAUGAACUGCAACUGACGGACACGUUGAAUGGCAUUCUGCCCAUUCCGCCCACAGAUGAAUCGCUGCUCAGCCAAAAGGAGGCGGAGGAGCAGCUGCAAAACAGUAAGAACUUGCUCAUCUACAGUGACUUUGUGGAUCAGCAUUUGAGUGAUGAUGCCAAUGUGCUCAAUGGACAGGUUUACAGGGCGAUCACAGACAGCGAAGUGGAGGCAGCCUAUGAGCAACAGCGUCACUUGAGUGCGUUGAUCGAUUCAGACGAUGAGGAUGCGAAUGAGGAUCAUGCUUUGCGUGCUGUGGAGGAUGAUGAUUUACAGAGUCAGUCAACGUUUCGCACACGCACUGACAGCUCCUCGAUUGGAGAUUACGAGUCACAUUCGAGUGACUACGAUGAUGAUGAUGACGAUGAUGAUGAGAUUGUGCAGAUGCCUGAUGAACGUCUGCUGUCAACGGAUGCGUUUGUCUUUCAGGAUGAGCGCAAGUGUCGCACAUUGAGCACGAAUACAGUGAACUCGGAUGCGGAUGCCCUUGGACUGAACAUUGAUGUGAAUAACUUUGAUUUGGCUGAUUUCAUUACCAAGGAUGAUUUUGCCGAUAAUCUAAAUACGCUGCAUAAAAGCGCAAAGAAAGCAGUUUCUGUUACAAAUGAAGCACCAUUGAUAUUACCUCCAGCUCAAGUUUCAGUUCCAGUACCAAUUACAGUACCAACAAAAGCUCCUAUAGCUCCCACCAAAUCCAAAUCCAUUGAAAAACCAAUCGCAGCGCUGCCCAAGCCGGUGAUUAUAUCAUCCAAGAGUCGUGACUCCGAUUAUGACUCGGAUUCCAUAAUUGAUGUUGAAACCGUUGAUGUCAUCGAUGUGGAUGAAUCCUUGUGGACAGCCAAACAAGCUGAUGAAACUGAAACUGUUGUUGCCGCCGAGGAUCUAUGCUAUGUGGACAAUGUCAAGGAGGAUCCAUCCUGGAGUCCCAAGCAAAACAAACGCAUUGAGCACAAUCAACUGGCAACCAAGACAACAACAACAACAACAGCAACAACAGCAGCAACAACGACAACAACAACAGAAGCGGCAACAGCUGCUAGUACAGUGAAGCCCAAGUCGAGCAACAACAUUUGUCUGGUGCCCAACAAAAAGCAAUGUGACUUUUUGAAGCGCAAAGUGGGCGUCAAAUCGUCUGGCGGUUUAACGGCCAACAAGUCCAAAGUGUCGGCCAAGAAAAUACAAGAGGCUAACAACAAAAACACAGCUGCUGGCAAGCAAACAACAACAGCAACAACAACAACGACAUUGGCCAAGUUAACAGAGACAGCGACAACAACGACAACACAGCCGUUUAUGGGUACAGGACUUGGUUUAGGCGGCAAGAAUUUGGCACUGCUUAAACACGAACGCGAACGGGCAAUUGCUACUGCCACGCCCACUCUGCCAACGCCCACUGUGAGCACGCCUGCGCCAAAGCGUAAGCUGAAUCUGGAGGAGUACAAGCAGCGCAAAAGCGGAGCAGUUGGUGUCACCAAACAGACGCCUGUGCCCGUCAAGCAACUGAAACUGGAUGGCAGUAAAUCACAGCAACCACCUAGAGAACAACAACAAUUGUUGCUGCCACCACAAAAGUCGCCACAAAAGGCAGCGAUAAGCAGCAUUGUCAACAGCUUAAAGUGUGCAACGAGUCAGGGCACAGGAGCAGCUGGAGGAGCAGUUCCUGCCACAGAUCCCAUAACAGUGGCCAAAAACAAAGUGUUACGCAUGCUGGAGUUGAAGCGUGCACAACAAUUGAAAAUCAUCGAUUCGCGGGUGACGGCAAAAGUGCCAAAGGUGACAAAGUUGCCGCCUUUAAAGGACAUUGUCAAGGAUACAUACUGCAUGGAGCGGGAUAUGGCAGAGGAGGAGGCAAACAGUUGUACAGUUAAUAAGGUUAAUAAGGCCCAAGGUGACUAUGAGGAGAUUAUCAUUGUGUCGACCAGUUGUAAUACGGAUAUUACGAUACCGCCACAACAGGCGAGUGUGGCACUCAGGGAUCACAAGACCACGCCCUCAUCCCGUUCACUCUUAAAGUCCUCGGUGCUGUUGUACAACAUGUCGCAGAGUAGCAAGGACAUGACCAAUUCACUGAUAGCCAGCAUACAGAGUGAGGUGGUUAGACAAACCAAUUGUGUGGCAUUAGUUGCAACAACAACAGCAACAGCAGCAGCAGCAGCAACAGCAAGUAAACAGGAUAAGAAGGAGCAGCAUGGCGAGGAUAUGGUCAUCAUGCAUCUGGCCAAGAAUCGUGUGCGCAAGCGCAUGAUCUCGAUGGGCACUCAAACGGAUUUGCAACCGGAAUUUCCACUGCUGACGCUGCCAACGACGCGACAGUCGCGUGAACGUCGUCGUCGCACUUAUCGCAAGCGCAACACGACCGCAUCCUCAUCCUCAUCCUCAUGCUCAUCCGCCAGCAGCAUUGCCUCGUUUCGUUCACGCUCCCGCUCCAAUUCCAAUUGCAAUUCACUGGAGCGAUUGCGUCAGCUGGAUGUGACAGGAGCAGGAGCAGCAACAGUUGGAGGUGGUGGCAGUGUUGGUUGCGGUGGUGGUUACUCCUCACGCAGCACACAUCGUCAUCGCAGCUCGGUGAGCUCCUCAUCCUACUCGGAGGAGGGUGGCAAAUAUGAGCGACAACAGCGUCAGCGACAACGUCGCACCAGCUACAACAAGAAACGCUCGAAAAAUCUCGCAAAACGGGACAACAACAAUUGCUCCUCCACGGCAUCCGAGUUCAGUGAUCGUGAACGCAGUCGCAGUCCGCUGAGACGUUCCCGUUCCCGUUCACAGUCACCAACUGCCACGCGCAACAACAACAACAACAACAGCAGCAGCAGCAACAACAAUCGUCGUGGAUUUGUGGAUCGCAAUGUUUCACAGCCGGCGGUUGAGGAGCGUCGCAUUGUCUAUGUGGGCAGAAUUGAGACGGACACCACAAAGGAACUGCUGCGUCGCAAAUUCCUACCCUACGGCAGCAUCAAACAGAUAACCAUACACUACAAGGAGAACGGCAUGAAGUAUGGCUUUGUGACGUUUGAACGUGCGCAGGACGCAUUCACAGCCAUUGACACGAGUCCUCGGGAUGCGCAAAUCAACAUGUAUGACAUUAGUUUCGGAGGCAGACGCGCCUUCUGUCGCGCCUCCUACGCCGAUUUGGACAAUGCUGGCAUCAAUAAUUAUCAUUCGUACGUGUUUCCCAAGGCAGCGCCAGCUGCUCCACCGCAGGAGGAUUCAUUUGAGGCAUUGUUGCUGAAGGUGAAGGCAAAACUCAAUGCAGGCAAACCUGCAACAACAGGGGAAGCAGCUACAACAACAACAACUACAACAGCAGAAGGAGGCAACAACAACAACAACAACAACAACAAUCCGACCAAUGGUCAAAUUUGACAUCUUUACUGCAAUCAGCUAAUUGAUGUAUUUCUAUAUUUAUGAUUUGCCAAAACAGAAUUUUGAGUUAACACCAAGAAUCGCAACCUAUUAAUUGUUUAGGAAUAUAUACAUAAAGAAAUAUAUAUGUAGAUAUAUAGACCAUGAAGUUUCUAACCGUACAACCGAAAGCCUGAUUAUCAACCAUAACGUUUUUCAUAAUUUAUUACCUACACAUAGUUGACAAUAGCAUUGAAAACAAACAAAAGAAAACAAAAAACAAGAAGAGAAUUAAAUUAAAUCGACAACAGCGAAUUGAAUAACAAAUAGAAAAUAGAAAUAUAUGGAAAUUAACAAAUGAAAUUGUGAUAAACGCGUAAUGCAUACAAAGUCAUUGAUUAUUGCAUGUAAGUUAGAAGUCAAUAAAGCAUAAACCACAACUUCAACAACAACUAGCAAAAGCUAUUGUAAAAAACAAAUAAAAAACAAAAUAGUUGAUGUAACAUUGAAGUUUAUAUAGCCAUAAAGUAACAACCGAAGCAGAGUCAGAGACAGAGGCAGAGAGACAAACAAAUAGCAAAAAUAAUAACUGAAUAAUUAAAUAAUUAAUUAAUGAAAAUAUCCAUGCAUCAUGUAUAGGAAAUAUAUAAAUAAUAUAUAUGUGUUAUGUAUUAUCUGUAUAGAGCACUAUAUAGAGAGAGGGCAAAGGGCACGCGCAUGUUGCAUGCGACGGUCACAAA